GCGGUUGCUCGUGUGUGUAUCGCGCUUCAGUUCGACUCGUCGCGUAUCGUUCCUUUUGUAUUCUCCAUCGCAGGACCACGCGUGUGAGGUUUUUCUAUUCGCCGGUUAUCCGUCCGUAUCCGCGAAGGUGACCAGACCGACGGAAAACGACGAAGCUGUGUUCUAGAAGGACCUCUUGACACGCCAGGACCACGCAUACCCUUUCGGAUUUUUUGGAGUACGUCUCGAGAUUGUUUUCGUGCGCGGGCGUAACGCCGACGUGAAGUUCUUCUGCAUGAUUUCGUACGAACCGUCGACGUACGGUACGAAAGGCAUCGUGAACGAGGAUGUAGCGAGCAGGGACAGCCUGUCACGAGAAUCGUAUCGAGAGGAUGUGCACGAGAGCACGAUCGUCGCUGACAAAGAAGUUCACGCCUCGAAGCGAGUCUGUUAUCGAACGGAUCAUCGAUUAAGAUCACUGCCAGAGUAAUGACGAGAUAGUGAACAAAAUUAUUCCGUCCGUGAGCCGUCCUUCGAUAGUCGUUUCACACCGAUCGAAAAAAGAAAAAAGGAAGAAGAAAAAAAAAUACUCUUUGUCUGCUUUUCGAGAUCAAAGACUGAAUAUAUCAAAGAGAGGAAAGAUGUUGGGAGUGAGUCAGCCGGGAAAUCCACCCUCGAGCUUGCGACACUCGGCGAGUUUCUCUUGUCUGCAGCGUGGCACAGCCAGCGAGGGGCACAGAGCGAGGACUUCGACCCUGCUGCAGCAGCCGAGCCUGCAGUUGAGCGGAAGUCAUCAUCAAUACUCGUCCGGUCAGACGUCUUUGCUGCAACAUUCGACCGGCACCGUUCAGCAUCGCAUCGAGGCAUUGGAGUCGAUUCAAGACAGCAACGAUUAUGGUUUCGUCAAGAUCAGACCCCGUCUCCGCAGCACGAACGCCACAUUAUAUUACGAAGAAGAAGUCGCUGCUCAGAAGAACGCUUUGUGGGACCGGGAUGCGUCAGCGUUCAGCGAUCGCGAGUGCGAUACCAAUUACAGAGAAUGUUCGUUGAAGAUGAAGGACCGUGAUCAUUCGCCAAAAGUUGGCUCUUCGAAGAAUCAGAAUCCUUUGAGAGGCGCUUUGAUACUAUUCACCUCGACGUCUUCAUGGUGGAAAGCCAGACAACGAGAGGAUCAAUUGAACGGUUCCACCGCCGAUCGUACACUAGGCUCUACUACUUCUGGCGUUGGCUCCUCUUCCGAGCGAAAGUGGUCGAGCACUUCCAUGGCAUCUCCUUCGAACGAAAGAAAGUGGCCGUCGGUGACGUCGCCCACGAACGACCGGAAGUGGUCCGUGGGCAACGGGGCUCUGACGUCGCCUGGCAACGAAAGGAAGUGGACCAGAUCGUCCGUCUGUUCGAACUCUACCGGACAGCAAGACAGGAAGUGGCGAUCACUCGGUGCCCUGCUAAGGGCUCCCACGGGCAACGGUUCGCACGCUGUUCAACACUCGCUGUCCCAUAACAUGAGCGUGUCCAUGAUCGAGGGCGAGCAUUUCCGGGAUGAUCCCCGUGGCACGAGUUGCAAGUCGACGCGGUACCAGCAGCCCACCUCCUAUUCCGCCCGUGUGUCUCGAGUCAGCCGGGACAUAUAUAGAGAAAACGGGGAAUUCGGUCAGACUUCUGGAAGAUCGAAGGUCAGCCGUAGGUUGUACCAAGACAACAACAACGCUGAGUCAAUCGAAAGGGACAUCGACGAGAGACAUCUGAAUAGACACCAGUUCGACGACGAGUGUCGUGGUAGAACGAAUCGAGAAAGCAUAUGCAAAACUGAACAGACGGGCAAUGAGACGCGAGCCACUUCAACGAGAUCAAGCAGAGCUCAAAGCUUUUAUCUUUUGGAUGAUUUCCUGCGACCGCAACCGCAGCCGAAUAAAUGUAUGCUCAACGUAUACUUGUCACCGUCUCACUCGAAGUCUGGCAAUAACAACGAUCAUGGAAGAUCAACGGAAGUGAAACAGAUCUCGCAGGGGAACGUCACUAACAUAACACCGCCCCGACGUCAUAACUCGAGCUCGGAUAGCCUCGAAGUAGCGACCAGUCCUCUUCCGCCGCCAGUGCCGCCUCCGCCACCGCAGGUCACCACCCGGGACAGAGAAAGGGGUGAGAAUUUCAAAGAGAAGGACGUGUGCCAGUGCAAAAUGUGCUGCACCAUUAUGCACCAGAGAUCUUUCGUUGAAGAGGUGAGUAGGCGAUCCAAAGAGCGUGCAUCUCUCUACCAAGAGACCGGGAGGAGUCCUGGAACGUUGCAUAAAGAUGUCGGUGGUGCUGGUACCAAGGUCAGCGGAAAAACGGUCGGCGGUAUUGGUACCGCAACCCUCACCACGCUCUCAUCCAUUAAUAAUACAUCCAACACCAGCAGGAACAAGAACAAUCCCGUAUCUCAAGAGAAAUUACUGUCAUUCUUUCACCCCAAACCGACGCGAGUGGAGAAAUCGGACAACAAUAAUACGAACAAUUCUUCAGCCAACAAUAUCCAUAACAACAUGCCGAUACACGAGUCCAUUAAUGCCACAUCUCAUGACGUGUAUCCUGGGAGAUUGCCAAUGACAUCUCAGGAGGCCCUCAAAUAUUACGGUUCGAGGCUCACAGAAUUCGAACGUGCCGAAAUCGAGAAGUACUCGGAGAUUUGGUAUCUUGGUUUAUCAGCUCAUAAAAUUCACGGCGAGGAAGGGUCAUCGCAAAACGGUGGAUACGACGACGAAAACGGUAGUUACAACAAGGUCCUCCACGAUCACAUCUCGUACAGAUACGAGAUAUUGGAGGUGAUUGGAAAGGGAAGCUUUGGACAAGUAAUUAGAGCGUGGGAUCACAAGACGGGUCAUUACAUUGCCAUUAAGAUCAUCAGGAACAAAAAGAGAUUCCAUCAUCAGGCUCUCGUCGAAGUGGAAAUCUUGGAACAUCUCAGGAAGAAAGACUUGGACGCGAACGCGUCGCACAAUGUGAUACACAUGCUAGAAUAUUUCUACUUCAGGAACCACUUGUGCAUCACUUUUGAGUUAAUGAGUUUGAAUUUGUACGAGCUAAUCAAAAAGAAUAACUAUAAGGGAUUUAGCCUCAGCCUAAUAAGAAGAUUCGCCAACUCGCUAAUUAGCUGCCUGAGACUGCUUUAUCGAGAGAAGAUAAUCCAUUGCGAUUUAAAACCUGAGAACGUGCUUCUGAAGCAACGGGGUAGCAGCUCGAUUAAGGUCAUAGACUUCGGAUCCUCGUGUUACAGCCACCAACGUGUAUAUACUUACCUUCAAUCCAGGUUUUACCGAAGUCCAGAAGUGAUUCUGGGCCUUCCAUACGGCACACCGAUCGACAUGUGGAGUUUGGGAUGUAUCCUAGCCGAACUUUACACCGGUUGCCCAUUGUUCCCGGGCGAGGAUGAGAUCGAACAACUCGCCUGUAUCAUGGAGGUUCUUGGUCUUCCACCAGAACACAUUAUUAAUCACGCCUCUCGUCGCAGGCUUUUCUUCGAUCCGAAGGGAAAUCCUCGAUGUACGUCAAACAGCAAAGGCAAGAAGAGGUGGGUAGGUAGCAAAAACCUCGCGAUGGCUCUUCGUUGCACCGACACCCUUUUCGUGGAUUUUGUCAGCAGAUGCCUCGAGUGGGAUCCAAAGAAGCGUAUGACCCCCGACGAGGCGAUGCGUCACGAGUGGUUGAACUCGUCUUCCUCUCACGUGAGUAGUUCCUCGUCCUCGACGUUGGCUACCUCGACGGUGAAUACGAACGCGAACACUAACGCGAACACGAACGCUAACACGAGCCUGGAGACAACGUCGCAAUCGGCACACGCUCAGACGAUCAGCGUGACCGUUAGCGCGCCCCGACAACGAGCGACCACGGUAGAGGAUCCUCCUUACACGAUGUACCGUCUGUACAAAGGACGGAAAUACGUGCAGAGGAUCAGCACAACCGAGAACACCGACAAUAGCGGGCUCGUGGUGAAGAGCAAGCUGAACGGGAGCGCGAGUAGCCACGCUUUAGCGAGCAGCACCCAGACGACUACCUCCUCGAGACACGCUUCGACCGGCGAUAUCGUCGCGAGUCUGGACCCGAAUCUCGACGAUUCCGGUACGUUUUUACCGCCGAUAUUGUGAAAUCGGGUCUGCGCUAGCCAUUUCUAGAUGCUUUCUGUCGCGCGUACCGUGUCGCGAUCGAACAUUUCGCUCUUUCACGUACACCGGCCACGCGGAAACGAAGAAACUAUGAAAGGUUGAUUUGGUCACGACAAUAAAAAAAAAAAGUAAACUAAAACUAAAAAAAAAAAAAACAAAACAAUACACGGUUCACCGUGAGGCUAAGACCAAUAGAAAGGUGGAGAUUUAUUAAAUGCGUACACGUUGACGACGAUGACCAUUCUUCUUUGGAUAUUUCAUCGAUUGAGGAAGCGUGUCCGGUCACGAAGAAUUCGAGAACAUUUGAGAAUACAAUUAUAUAUAUAUAUAUAUGUAUCAAAAAGCAUGUAGAAUUGGCUGGCUGGAUCGGGCCCGAUCGUUUUCGACGCCAAAAGGCUAGGCAGAAUUGUUUUGCUAGUCUCAGCAUGCGCCGAGCUUAUUUGAGGCCAAAAUAAUGUGAUGAACGGGAGGCGCGUGCCGUGAACAACGAGAGCAUGGUUAUAUAGUAGAAACGCGGUCGUUUCGUUCGUUAGCCGAGCACACAGCUACACACCUACACGCAAAGAUAACGAUUUUAGCGUCUCGGCUCCGAUGGUAUAUAUCACUCAGGUAAUCGUAAAACGACGUGUGUGCACCAAUCUGUAGAGAGUCGAUCGGAAAUAACGUAGAGUUUCGUUCCCCUCGCACCACGACAUUCGUCCCUUAAUCUCCGAGUAUAGCAAGAUUCUUACUAGAUAUAUGCGUUUUGCGAAUCGUACGAGAUCUAAAGAGAGAAAAAAAAAUAGGAUUGUUUGUCUUGUUAACGAUAAACGGGACACAUAAGUAACAACACGUGUCAAAAGUUCGAUUCGCAAAUUGACUAGCGCAAAUUACAUUACGAUUACUUAUAUUAAAGUGUACGAGGGGUAGCGAGAGGAUGAAUGUGUUUUUAACAACGAGAUUCCCACGCGAUACGAUUCCUAAUCGAGUCAGCAUCGAAUUUGCGAUCACGUCGAUACAAGAGAGAGAGAGAGAGCGAGAGAGAGCGUGAGAGUGAGAGAGAAAGAAAGAGAGAGAGAGAGAGAAUCUGAAGUCGUUUGAAAACCCCGUGGCAACAGGGUCGUACGAUUUAAUAAAUGAAACGUCAAGGCAAAACGACGACGGAGUGACGGAAGAAACUCCGAGACGAAGCGUGCCCUAGUUUCGCGAGGCCUGAGUAGUCUUAUUGUGAUAUUAAUCUACCACUGUCUUAUGUAGAUCUCUGAUAUUAAGAAGUAAACGAUCGCUAUAUCAA